AUGUAUCAAAUAUUCAUAAUUGCAGGCUUCGUUGCAGUUGCAGCUGCCUCUCCUGCUGCCCAAGCUAUCGACUUUUCCUUGGUCAACUCUGCUCUUUCGCCUACUUUCACCAGUUCUCCCUGGGGUGCAAACAAGCAGAGUUACCCCCACAACACCGCUUCUUCUUCCUCCGUUGAAGUGCCUACGACUACACCCCAGCCUACCGCUACGACUUAUCGCCGGUCAUCUGGGACCAGCACUACUUCUUCGGAUACCUCUUGUCCAACACAGCCAGAAGCUGGUACUUACUGCGGCUUUAUCAACCCCAACGAUGCAUGUGCACCUCAGCCAGACGGAUACGGCCCACAUGUCGAGCCAGACACUGUUGCGGCUUUCCGAGCCUACCCUGAGUUCUCGCAACAAGCUCUGGCUGCUGCAGCCCCUGGCUACACCUCUACUUUCAAGAACUUGAAUGCAUCCUUUUCCGCCAAAACUUACCUUGGUCUGACAACUUUCACCUCCUAUGACGCCCCUCUUUGCGCCGAGUACUGCAACAAGAAGGACUUGUGUACUGGUUUCAACAUCUACGUUGAGCGCGACCCAUCCCAAAAGCCUGCAGAGAACUGCACUCAGCCAGCGUCCAUCACCAACUACAAGUGCACCCUCUGGGGAUCCGGUGUCAGCGCCGAGUCUGCUACCAACUAUGGGGGCUACCGUCGAAAUUUCCAGAUCGCCAUUGCUGGCAGUGAUGGUUUCGAGAAGACCAACACCACCAUCCCCGCCACUCCCCCCGGAUGGCACCAACCCAAAAAAUGCGGCGGAGAUGGCUCCAAGGUUCACAACCACCCGGGCGCGUGCAUCGGCACACACUUCUUCCCCGGCGCCUACAAUCCAGCGCUCUGUGCCGCCUACGCCGAUGCCCAGAACGCCCGGCAUGCAAAGUCCUCUUUCGGGCAGAAGCUGGCCUCGUUUUGGACCAGCGGUAAAUACAACCCGCAAAAGUGCAAGUUCUUCAACAGCUACAUGCUCAAGAAGAAUGGCCGUCCCUUGGGCACGUACUGCGGACUGUACUCUAAGCAAUACGACGGCAGCGCUGCUGAUUACUCCCCCGGAUGGCAAGGGAGUACUUUCUGGGGUAUUGAGAGCUCGUGGUCGUUCUCUAUCAAACCUUGA